UCUAUUCUUAUAGUUUACGUGGUUUACGUUUUAGUGUGUAUACUGAGGAAAUUGAUCAUUUAUUGAGUUUCUGAAUCUGAAUUUCAAACAAAAUCUAUAUUUAAUUGUAUUAUUCAUUUCAAGAAUUAUUUAAUUAUUACAGUUUUUAAAUUUAGUGUCCACUGCUUAUUUAGAAAAUAAAUCAACAGUAAAAAAAUGUCGUCCUUAACUAAACCAAAAUCUGAGAUGACUCCAGAGGAGCUGGCGAAAAGAGAGGAAGAAGAAUUCAAUACCGGACCGCUGUCGGUCUUAACUCAGUCUGUUAAAAACAACACCCAAGUAUUAAUCAAUUGUAGGAAUAAUAAAAAGUUACUCGGCCGAGUGAAAGCCUUUGACAGGCAUUGUAACAUGGUUUUGGAAAAUGUCAAAGAAAUGUGGACCGAACUUCCUCGCACUGGCAAAGGAAAGAAGAAGGCGAAGCCUGUGAAUAAGGAUCGAUUCAUCUCCAAAAUGUUUCUCAGAGGCGAUUCAGUUAUCCUGGUUUUAAGAAAUCCAUUGGCGACAGCGAGCGGAAAAUAAUUACUUACUCUUUGUACCUAAUUUAAGUCUAAAAAUAUAAUUUCUACUUUCAAAAAAUUAUCGUUUUAUUUUUCAGUUUAACUCAUACAUUGUAACACUUAUUCAUUGUACAUUCAUUAAUUAAAUUAAUUUGAAAAAACAA